AUGACCGUCGCGUCCCGGUCAGCAUUACGCGAUCCGAACUUUCUGAACUUGACUGCCUCCGAUAACGUGUCGUGGAAUUUUAUUUCCCCGUCUACUCCGCACUUCGGCGGAUUGUGGGAGUCGGGCGUACGGAGCGUCAAAACUCAUUUGCGCCGCGUGUUAGGGAAUCACAUGCUCACAUUCGAGGAAUUCUCGACUUUGCUAUGCAGAAUCGAAGCGUGUCUUAAUUCUAGGCCGAUUGCGCCCCUCUCCGAUACGCUUGAGGACUACGAGGGUCUGACCCCCGCUCACUUCCUGAUCGGAGUCGCUCUUACUGUAAACCCGGAACCAUCAUUGCUCGAUCUCCACGAAAAUCGUCUUUCGAGAUGGCAGCUCGUCCGACACGUUACCGAGCGAUUUUGGAAGCUAUAA